AAUUCUCUUAUCGUGCGUCGCAAGUCGUACAAUAAUCGCGAACUUAAAUAAGAACGCGAACUUAACUUACGAACGACUCGUAAUGCGUAAUUAGAGCCUCGCGAACGCAAAUUACCUGCAAACAUCGAGUAUCGAGUACAGGGUACGCGAGUGCCUAAUGAGUUUUGUGUCGAUUCACAUGGCCAACAUUGCGAAAUCAUCAUCGACAAUCGUGUGAUCGGUUAUUAUCGCACCGAUAAUAAAUCUCGCGAGAGCGGCCAGUAACAACAGUGGCAGAAGUCUCCUUUUGACCUCCUUUCGACAUAACUAAACCGACUAUAUUUCCUAUUUUCCGCAGAAAAAUGAAGAUCGUAACGUUUGGACUUACCCUGUUCUAUAUCCUUGUCUGGACAGUUAAGACGAACAGUGAUCAUAUAUACAUGGACACGUAUAAACCUAAUAUGUUUGAAGAGUUCCUUGAAAAAUUGAAGAUCAUUAUGCAGACCGGAAAUGACACACUCGGAAUUCCGGUCCUUGAUCCGUUCACCUCGGAGCAGAUCGGUCCGAUCAAGAUUGACGAUGAAAUGUUAAAAUUGAACGCUCUUUUGACAAAUGUCAAAGUGGACGCUCUGUCCACAUACAAUGUCAACCAUGGUGACUUCAAGAUAAUUGGUAUGAAACUCAUCCUGAAUCUUUCUUGGUCGUCGAUAGACGCGAGUACAAAUUACGCCAUGAAGGGUAAAGCCGACAAUUUUGAACUUUAUGGCAAUGGCAAGAUGGAAAUAUCCCCAAAGGAUUUUUCUUUCGAAACGGAAAUUGCUUUCACAAUGAACGGCAAAUAUCUUAAAGUGAAGAACAUGAAAUUGAAGAUCUUCUUGAGAGCACUCGAUUUUCAGGCAACAGGUCUUUUUGACGAUGACCAAUUGUCCGAACUACUAAGCGCCGUAAUUUCCGACAUGGUGCCUCAGCUAGUCGAGGAUUAUCAUGACACGAUUACGGACAAACUUAUUCCUCUCAUCACGGGGAAGCUCGAUGCUUUUCUAUCUACUAUGACGCUAGCAGAGCUAUUGAAAAUAAUAGGUCUUUAGUAUCCGUUUUUUUCGUCAUAUGUAUGUCACUCUCAUUGUCAUUUGAUCAAUCGUUUAUACAGUCGCGAUACUAAUCGAUUAAGCGAUGGAAUGUAUGAUAUAUAAUAAUGUGAAUAGUAUUGAUAACAUCAAGAAGAAAUGCAUAUAUUAUUUACUGGAAAUUUAUAUUUUUUAAAUAAAUAAUUAUUAAAAUUGCUAAUACAAUUAUUACCGUAAUUAUUAAUAAAAAUUUACGAGUGUGAGAAAAUA